UCUCAGGUCCAGCGAUAUAAGGGAUAGCUAGCCAACCAUGGCUGAAGAAGAACCCCUAGGUGACACCGAGCAGGUACUGCGUCGUCUGAAGCCGAAGUUGAUCGAUACUCUGAGUGCAGACCCUGACUUUGUGCUGCAGCAUGCAGACUCCCUCAGCCUACUGUCCCGGCAUGAGUACAAGCAGGUCAAAGCCCUCACUAACCCAUCAAAACAGGCCCAGGACCUUCUGGACCAUGUGAUCCACAAAGGACCCACUGCUGCAGAGAAGCUUCUGCGGCUCCUGAGGGGCAAAGAAAUGCAGGAGACAUUUCCCAAACUUCUGUUCCUCAAGGAAUUGCCAGUGAAUGAUCAAAGAGCUGCAGGUGAAACGGGUACAGGUACAGUACACCUCUCUUUAGACUCAUCUGGGGGAUGGUGUCGCCCCUCUAUAUAACCAUAUUUACUGUACUGAAAGAUUAUGCCGUGUUUAAAUAAUAUAUAUUUUUGUUUUUCUAGGGGGAAAUGAAGUUAUCAGAAAGAGAAGACAAACAGUUGAGUCUGAAGAGAACCUUCCGGCUAAACAGACAUGCAAGGAUGGUGAGUUGACCCUCUUGAAACAAGGGAAUAUAGGGUAUAAUUUAACUCAAAACGUUAUGUUGACUGUCUGGUGACAAGUCUGUCUGGUGUUUUGGACCCUUCUGUUGCUAAGCAGGCACUAAGAUGGUGGUGGAGAAGGAUCUGAUGCGUGUGGCUCGAAGAAUCGGUCACUCCUGGAGGGAGAUUGGUACAGGGGCCCUAGACAUCCCCUCUGUGAAGCUGGAGCAGAUCCAGGAGAACUAUCCACACAGCCAUGUGGACCGUGUGUUCGCCAUGCUGCGCUACUGGAGCACACUGAAGCGGCAUGAGGCCACGGCAGCCAAUCUCCACUCCCUGCUCUGCCAGGACGACUGGGCCCUGCCACCAGACAGCAUAGACUUUCUCCUGGACACCAUCUGAGACCCUUAGCAGUCAGGCCUUACUACUAACCCUAAUUUCAACUGCAGGGAUUUACCCCAGUGCUUGGCCUCAGACUUUUGUGUUUCCAUGGCUGAGGCUUAGUGGAAAAGGGACCUAACUGGUGGGAUGUGAACCCAUGUCUUCUGCAUGGUAACUCAACGUCUUUACCCUUAGACCAAGAGGAAAUCCUCAUGGUCAGACUGGGUGACAAUUGGUCUUACUUUUUUAUUUAUUUUAUUGUUUUUCAUUCUUUUUUUUGUCUCUUUUUAUUUCU